CACACUCUCCCGUCCGCCCGACCUGCACAUCACACACGCCCCCCAUGUCACACCCACCCACGCCGCGAUGGAAAAACAUUGUACGACAAGGCAGCCAUCACCAGGCACACCAACCCGCGCCUUGCUACCAAGUCCGUCAUCGUCACGCACACCCCGCAAGCCUUAUCGCCGUCAUCCCGACGCGUGCGCGCGCGCGCCUCCAGGAAAAUGGGUCCCGGCGUGGGUGAGCGACUGGACGAGGAGGGGUGCGGACCUGUUGGUCCUAUGAUAAGGUGAAAGGGUGUUGCGGGUAGUAGGCCUGCGCUCUCCAAGGCCCCCGUCGGCAUCAUGCUCACAUUGUCGGGAGGGAAAGGGAUUGGUUGGUUGGCUGACUGGCUGUGCCGACGCACCCCGAGGUCCGGUGCUCAGUGGAGGCUGCGCGGGAAUCCCGGGAGGCCUUCCCAGCUAUGCCGUGAUCCCAUCCAUGCUGUAUUGAUAAUGACCUCUGUCUGCCUCCUGUGGCCGUCCCUGGCCUCUCCCUCCUCCCAUCUCCCUCACACCCUGCUCCCAGCCCAAACAAACCGUAUAUAAACAGAAGCCAUCAAGUGUGCCAGUACCGAUCUGGCUACUUGUAUAUUUUUUCUCUAUUAGGCAUCUGCAUCUGCAUCAUACCUACUCAUUUUCGUCCUGUCAUAACCCCAUAGUGUCUGCAUACAGCCUGCCCCCUGGUUCCCAGGCUAGCCGAAAAGUGGUGGUUUAUCGCACUCCUUAUCUCCGCCAAAGCUCUCCUCGCGCCCGCGCCAGGGGCCCCGGCAAUCCGCAUCUGCUCCUCAGCACUCCCAGUCUUUGAGUCACACGGCCAACCCCGUCUGGCCCUUUCCCAUCUCGUCUCUUGCUGUGCAAUAAGAGAACAAAGGGGCUUCCGGUCUGAUCACACAACGCCAUCGCUUCUGCAUUUGACAUUACGCCUUCCCCUUCUCCGCCUUGCUACUUCCGGGUGACUCGUCGGCCCUUCAUUCCAGCUCGUUCCGACCAGUGACUUCCCUAGACGAUUAGCCGGGUCACCCCAGCACCUCUCGCCGCACCCAUAUAGCCCACGUCCCCGAGGGUACUUCGUCUCUCGCUCCGUCAUCCAUAUCCUAGAACUUUCUCGUUAAAAUACCUUUAAUCCUAUCCUUUGGUAUCCCCUAUCUCUUUCGCCUGCGUCACCCCAUUAGACUGUAUCACUUGCCUUCGCUGGCCAAACGACCCCGACCGCCUAUCGUCAAAGGUGUCCAACUCGGACAAAGAAGACGUGGCUGUACAUAUAGACGCCACCCUCUUGGUCGGAUACCCCGAGCCAUCCCGACUGCAACAGAUUCACGGAACCGCUACAGCCAGGACAACAACAACGACAACAACCAACACAACCACCUAAAGAACAACGCCAUAGACACUCCGGGCACUUGCACCGGCUGCAUAACCACCAUGGCUGCCAUGAUCGAGACUCCCGCCCAGUUCGAGCGUGACCUCCGCAGCGCGCACAAGGGUUGGAAGCGCGGAAAGGACUCGCGUGCGAAGUGGGCACACGGCCACAGGCCCGCCGCCGGAGUCAAGUGGAACCACUUCACUGGAGGCGCUGCUGACGAGACGCCCGAGGUGCUGCUCUCCAAGAGCAGGCCGGACAAGAAGUACAGCGACUACUGCCACGACUCGCACCACAAGAAGCACCCCAACUAUGUGAAGGUCACGCGGCCUCUACCCUACAUGCUCGGGCCGUCAAACGGCAGGCCGAGCGGCAGGAUGGGGGCGCGGGGCGAGAUCGAGGACCCGGAGGCGUCGCGGUCCAUCAUCGACCUGCUGGUGCCGGCGGCCCGCAAGGAGUCGUGGGGCUUCCACUCGAUGGACGGGGUGCUAUACAGCUUCGACGCGGUUGACACGCCGUCGAGGCCCGUGACGCUCGAGACAUUCGUCAAGGCCAACAACCGCACGACGGAGAAGAUGGUCGAGAAGGAGUACGAGAUCCUCGACGCCAACGGCGAGCUCCUCAAGGGCCGUAAGGCGAGGAGCGACCUGCGCAAGUCGGCGAACGGCGCUGGAGGCAGCGGUGGAGGCAUCGAUGACGACGACUUCGAGCUGGUGUGAAAGCCGGCGAGGCGUUGUUUUUGGUGCGAGGUGAUUGGAUCGGCGCAUUUCGCUUCUAGACUGUGUUUGCCAUGUCUCUGCCUAUGCAGGGUCAGCAUCCCUUCCAUACUUUUCCCUUCCUUCCUGUAACCCUGCAUUUUUCAUCGUAUUCCCUUUUCAGGUUGUUGUCCAAGCGUUUGCUUUGUCGGUUGGAGUUUUUUUUUUUCUUUUUUUCUUUUCUUUUUGCCCUCCGUUGGGUAUUCGUUUCGACGCAGGGUAACAGGACCGCUCAGGUAGUGCGCCGAGCUUCACGUUUGUCGGAUCCUUUCGCUUUAGACAUUUAUACCGGGAUGGAUCGAUCGAGAGCACGUUAAUGUCGGCCGUGGUUGCGGUCGUGGGCAGUCAGUCGUUGGCAGUGGUGAGGGAUUUGCGGUGCACCCUUGUGUGGCAGAAAUUUUUAGCAUCCUUGGGGAUGGCUGUUGUGCGUGCCAGCCACAGUACCCCAGUGGGGUGCGAUUUGGGUCACGUUGAUUGGAGCCGUAUAGUUUCGACGCUUCACUUUCCCGCAGUCUUCCAUAUUUUUCUUUCCAAUUUCACACCUUUCUUUUUUCUUCCCUUUUUUUUUUCUUCUUUUUCUUUCUUUUUGUU